CUGCGCCUGCGUCGCGUCGCUGCGGGGCCAGUCGGGACGGAGGAGACAAGAUGGCGUUGCGAGCGAUGCGGGGAAUCGUGAACGGGGCCGCGCCCGAGCUGCCCGUGCCCACCGGUGGACCGAUGGCCGGAGCUCGGGAGCAGGCGCUGGCAGUGAGCCGGAACUACCUCUCCCAGCCUCGUCUCACCUACAAGACUGUCUCAGGAGUGAAUGGUCCACUAGUAAUCUUAGAUCACGUGAAGUUUCCCAGAUAUGCUGAGAUUGUCCACUUGACGUUACCGGAUGGCACAAAAAGAAGUGGGCAAGUUCUAGAAGUUAGUGGCUCCAAAGCAGUGGUUCAGGUAUUUGAAGGGACAUCAGGUAUAGAUGCCAAGAAGACAUCCUGUGAGUUUACUGGGGAUAUUCUCCGGACACCAGUGUCAGAGGAUAUGCUUGGUCGGGUAUUCAAUGGAUCAGGAAAACCCAUUGACCGAGGUCCUGUGGUGCUGGCUGAAGACUUCCUUGACAUCAUGGGUCAGCCAAUCAACCCUCAGUGUCGGAUCUACCCAGAGGAGAUGAUUCAGACGGGCAUUUCUGCCAUUGAUGGCAUGAACAGUAUUGCUAGGGGACAGAAAAUUCCCAUCUUUUCUGCUGCCGGAUUGCCGCACAAUGAGAUUGCUGCUCAGAUCUGUCGCCAGGCUGGUUUGGUAAAGAAAUCCAAAGAUGUAGUGGACUACAGUGAAGAAAAUUUCGCCAUUGUGUUUGCUGCUAUGGGGGUAAACAUGGAAACAGCCCGGUUCUUCAAAUCUGACUUUGAAGAAAAUGGCUCAAUGGACAAUGUCUGCCUCUUUUUGAACUUGGCUAAUGACCCAACCAUCGAGAGAAUCAUCACUCCCCGCCUGGCUCUGACCACCGCUGAGUUUCUGGCUUACCAGUGUGAGAAGCAUGUCCUGGUCAUUCUGACAGAUAUGAGCUCUUACGCCGAAGCGCUUCGAGAGGUUUCAGCAGCCAGGGAAGAGGUUCCUGGUCGGCGAGGUUUCCCAGGCUACAUGUACACUGAUUUAGCCACGAUCUAUGAACGUGCUGGUCGAGUGGAGGGUAGAAAUGGCUCCAUUACUCAAAUCCCUAUUCUCACCAUGCCCAAUGAUGAUAUCACUCAUCCCAUCCCUGACUUGACUGGGUAUAUUACUGAGGGGCAGAUCUAUGUGGACAGACAGCUGCACAACAGACAGAUUUACCCACCUAUCAAUGUGCUGCCCUCGCUUUCCCGGUUGAUGAAAUCAGCUAUUGGAGAAGGAAUGACCAGAAAGGACCAUGCUGACGUCUCUAACCAGCUGUAUGCAUGCUACGCUAUUGGUAAGGAUGUGCAAGCCAUGAAAGCUGUGGUGGGAGAAGAAGCCCUGACCUCAGAUGACCUUCUUUACUUGGAAUUUCUGCAGAAAUUUGAGAAAAACUUCAUUUCUCAGGGUCCCUAUGAAAACCGCACUGUCUAUGAGACUUUGGACAUUGGCUGGCAGUUGCUCCGAAUCUUCCCCAAAGAAAUGCUGAAGAGAAUCCCUCAGAGCACCCUGAGCGAAUUUUACCCUCGAGACUCUGCAAAGCACUAGCUACUGCUGCUCGUGUGGCGUGAUUGGCGUGACCCUCUUGUGAAGUACUGGUUCUGUUUCCUGAUUCCUUUUGCACUCCUCCGUCCCUACCUUGUGCGGGAGUUUACUUACCUGUUACUCUGUAAUUAGAAACAAAGGCUAGGUAACUAUUGUGCCAGUGUUGCGAGGUUUAAACUGCUAUCAGAAUGGAAGAUCCCUGCCCAGAAAACCUCACCUUCAGUGCGUUCUUUAAAGGAGCAAAGGGGUGGCAUGAAGUUUGUUCUGAUGUAUGUAUUUGUACAUAGUGGAGAGCUAGUUGCUAAUAAUGUCUUGUUUGGGUCUCCCAAACCCUACCUCUCAACUCCCUUAAGAGUAUCACUGUUUUGAAGUUAAGAUGCUUCCAUCUCAAACUUAGGGACAAGGUGGAGACUGGAAGAAUUCUCCGUUCAGAAAAACCAUGAGGCUCUUAACUGAGCCUUCCCUCUGGAGUGCUGGUGUGCCUGUGGGUCUGUCCUCUGCUCUGCAGAUGGGUUUUACUGUCUGCUUGUGCUUUCCUAUGAGACGAGUUCCUUUCUGCCAGUGCUGUGAGUUGGAAUUCCUGUGUGGCAUCUUUUUUUGUGGCUCACCCAGAAUCAUGCAACAUUGCACAGUUGGUACCACCCUGGCAGUGGUGACGUGUCUUGUGCUGGUGAUUCCCACUGGGCUACAGUCAUAUAGAAUUGAGACUUAGAAAAAGCUGGGGUACGGUUCAGAGAAACCCUACAUCCCAUCCUCACCCUGUGUUUAUGGUGGUUCAGGUCUCUGUUGCCUCCUCAAUCCUGGGGUGGGGCGUGAAGAUGGUGAUGGCUUGCCCUUGGGUUUGCUGUUAUUUUCAACUCUGUUCAAUCCCCAGGCUCUCUGACCUAGCUCUGCCUUUCUUUCAUUCCUGCUCCUUUCUGGUGUGAGCCGUUAGCUCUAGUCUGUGCGCCUCUGCCAUGUCUGCUGUUGAGUCUCUGUGCUGUGUGUUCUCAGGUACAGCAGUAACUUCCCCAUUCUGUGCAUUCCAUCUUCCAGCUGUUUUUCUCUAAGGGGAUGGGGGGGUCAGCAUGAUUAUAUUUUAAUGUAGAAAAUGUGACAUCUCGUUAUAAAUGAAAAUAAAUGCUAAAUUAAAUGGAA